GGUGAAUCGUGAUUCAGAAGGUGCUUCCACAAUCCAAAUUGCCAGCACUGUUCAUGACGUCCCCAUGCAUGGCCGCCAGCAACAGAUGGUGAAGUGCGACGUGCAUGUAAAAUUGUGCGGCAUCUUUGGGCGCCUGUUGACUCUCUCGCCUUCUGCUUCUCCUUAGAGAUCUGGAAGCACCCAGUGAACAUUAAGCCAGGGGAUGGCAGCAGCGCUGGGUGGCCAUACGUGCGUCCAAGCGAACCGCUGGAAAGUUUGCUUCAAAGUGCAUUUAUGCUCUGAGUCUUAGGUUGCGGAAGGAACGUAGAGAGGUUUGUGCACUUGUCUACACCCUCGCAGCAUUAUGCGACAUUGGUCUACGAGGGUUUGUCAUUUCUUGGAUUGCACACAUCGGGGUGCUCAUAUACUGUUCGUUGGCAAGUACCAUAUGCAUAGGCCUAAGGUUGACUCCUUAUCGGGCGGCUGAACCGGUUGUUGGAAGCAAUCUGUUUGAGAAAGGAGGACACGUGAGCUUUAGGAAGGCCCUCUCUGUUGGCCCACAUUCAGCCAGAUCCUGCUGCCCAGCAACGUGGAUUCCAGGCGGCCUGAUUGCGCAAUGGCCACCUCUACUUUCUCCUGCCCGGACCUGACUGACACACAAAGUGUAAAUCUGGAGGCCAUGAGAAGCAAGCUGGCAACCCUUGAUGAGGCCUUUCAAGCAUCUUUUGAGGUCCUUGCGCAGGGCGAGCCUGACAGGAGCCUGAUGCGCUUCUUGUGGGCCAGGGAAUGGCACGUGGACAAGGCAUUCAGCAUGUUGGUAGACUGUCUCAAGUGGCGACGAAAGUAUGGCACCGACACAAUUCUUCAGAGGCCCCUGGAAGAAGCGAAAAUGCGCGCCAUUCGAAAUGGUUUUCACGUGGGAAUGUCCGGCUAUGAUAAGCAGGGCCAUCCGGUGAUCUUUGUCAAAGUAGGACCCAGCAAGUGCGGGGGAGCCACGGUGGACGACUAUGUCAAGGCACACGUGCAGUUCAGCGAGUGGCGGGACCGUGUGUUGUGUGCGGAGGCGAGCAAGCGGUGUGGGCGGCCCAUCACGACCACGACGCGCAUCCUGGACUGCACCGGCCUUACGCUGGGCCACCUCGCCAACCUCAACCUGCUGAACGCGAUGUCCAAGAUUGACGAGUUCAACUACCCGGAGAAGGCCAACGCGUACUACUUGGUCAAUGUGCCGUACGUCUUCACGGCCAUCUGGAAGGUUGUGAAGCCGUUGCUCCAGCCGCGCACGAUCAACCGGGUGAAAGUGCUGUCCGGGAACGGGCUGGACACACUGCGACAGUUCAUCGACGAGGAGCACAUCCCGGUGUUUCUGCGCGACCCCAAGUCCAGCGUGGACUGCACCAGCCUGGACUGCUCGCUGCACCGCCGCUUCUGGGCCUACCUCCAGGAGCAGGCCGCCGCGGCGCCCCCUGCUGCGAGGCAAGAGGAGGCGGCGGCGGCAGCGGGGCACGCACACGUGGAGACGCCCAAGAAGCGGCAUCACCGGUUCAGCCUCAGGAAAGGCCCCGAGGAAGGGAAGCAAGCCGCAGACAGCGGCGCGGUCGCGCCCGAGCCGAGCCACGGGGCGCACUGAUGUGAGCGGGCCGGCAGAUGCCGAGGCGUUGUAAAUUGUACCAUACGAGGUAGGAAAGAGGUAUCAAACAAAUUACUGGUCUGGGCACUCAAGGUGCCCAGGCCGGUUGAUUAUUAAGAAGGCUGCUUGUGAGUGCGUUUAUGCGAGCGGAUGCUUCGCCCUUGCAUGAUUUUUUGGGACCACUGUUGAGUUGGAGAUAUAAAUUCAGGGCAGAUGACCGAACUUGUCAUCCUGUAUAUGUAGCUGCCGAAAAGGGCCAUACGUAUUCAGUCUGCUUUUCACACUG